AUCACAAAGAACAAUAAAAAUGAAGUGAAUCAAUGCGGCAGUGCAUUGAUAUUCGGUCCCCGGACGUGGUGAUUAUGAUUUCGCGGACGCGCCGCUUCUAAUUGAAUAUUAAACGUAAGUUUAAUUAUGCAACGUGCUAUAUCUGACUGCCUUGAACUGGGCACCUUUGUUUACCCGUUUAAAUAAACACCGAUACAGAUUCGUAAACAACAACCAGUACGCCGUUAGGUUUUCAGAUGUGACACAUAUCUCUGACAUGCUCUUGAAAAUCGGAGGGAAUGGAAAUUCUCGUCUCGAGGAAGAUUAUUUUGGCCCUCAUAAUCCUAGCUGCGAUAUCUUUUUACAUUACUUUCAUAUUCAACUCGUGUGUGGUGUCUAGCAUCUCCAAAGCAAUACCAAAAUGGCAUAUUCACCCGGUGGUGGCAAACGAUGUACCAGUGGUACAUUACUCGACAUCGGUUCGUGUGGUGUCCUUGUUGGAAGGCAACGAAACUGACAUAUCGCCAAAAUAUAAAUUCUUUAGGGAACAGGGUUUGAGACCGGAACGGCAGCUACCAAGUGCUUUAAUCAUAGGUGUUAAGAAAGGCGGAACUCGAGCCCUCCUGGAAUUCAUACGGAUCCACCCCGACGUCCGCGCUGCCGGCAACGAGGUACACUUCUUCGACAAGAACUACAUGAGAGGUUUCCAAUGGUACAGGAACCACAUGCCCGCCACCCUAGAAGGUCAACUGACCAUAGAGAAGACCCCUUCGUACUUUAUAACCAAAGAGGCGCCCCGACGGGUGCAGCUUAUGAAUCCCUCCACUAAACUGUUAGUAGUAGUUAGAGAUCCCGUCACUAGAGCCAUAUCCGACUACGCUCAAGCCAUUUCCAAGAAAUACGACAUGAAACCCUUCGAGCAGCUAGUUUUCGUGAACGGGUCCAUCGGGAGUAUCAUCGACACGUCCUGGGGGCCCGUCAAGCUCGGCAUCUACUCGAGGUACUUGGCUAGGUGGCUGAAAUUCUUUCCUUUGUCGCAGCUGUUAUUCGUAAGCGGCGAGAGACUCGUUUUAGACCCGGCUAUCGAGCUGAAAAGAGUACAAGACUUCUUAGGACUGAAGCGAGUGGUGACCGAGAAGCAUUUCUACUUCAACUCCACCAAGGGCUUCCCUUGUUUGUUCAAGAGCGAGGGGCACAGCGCACCGCACUGUCUAGGUAAGACCAAGGGACGUAGCCACCCCUACGUCAAUCCGGUAGUCUUGCAGCGUCUUAGGAACUUUUAUAGGCCGUUCAACAACCACUUUUACCAGAUGACCGGCAUCAAUUUCGGUUGGGCUUAGGGACUUAAUUUUGUGGCCGGCGUCGCCACUUUUAUAAUUAUCGUUUGUGAAAAAAACAGUCAAUUUUUAUAUAACUAUAUACCUCUAGAAUACAAAGAAUACACAGAGAGCUUUAAUCCGUACAGUAGGGUUCGUAGGUAAGCAACACGUUCUAGUCGGUUAAUAUUUUCCAAAUUGCGUACAAACGCGAACGAGAUUUACGAUUUCUCAAAAUCUACGGGUUUCGAUUAGAAAGAAUUCUGUUUAGUAUUUACAACGUAUAAAUUAAAUUUAAAAGUCUAGCUGCAAUAAAAUGAAACGAGAUGUCUUAAAAUAUUACUCGAUUAGAAUCGUUUAGAUAACGUAGAUUUAGAAGUGCUUUGGGACUUAAUUUUGUUUUCCGUUUGUUACUUUAUUGGUUGAUAGUUUGUUACUAACUUUAAGUAGGUACCAUGAGACUAAAUCGAUUGUGUUCAUUUUCACGGAUAUCCCACUAAUACUACCAUUUUGUACCUAGUUUCGCCGUCAGUUCUUCAACAUCGAGAAAUUUCAUCGUAUAUUCGAGAAUUUUACUUAAUAUUUUGCUGUUAACUUGUUACGAAUUUAUUUUUAUAUUUUUAUGUCAGUUAAUUAAUGCUAUCUCUAUAAUUUAUAGUUUAUGACCCAACUUAUUGCGUAAAUAUCUAGUUAUAUACAUCGAUUUGAUAAAAAUAUGCUAAUUAAACAAAAAAAAUUGGAUUUAAAUUCAAAACUGUAAAAAAAAUUUAAUGGGGAAACUAGGUGCUCUACGACAUAUUUUGCCUAAUAAAUUGUUUUCCUUUGUCUCUGAUAUGUCUCUCCUAAGCCAUAUCUUUGUGAAAAUAAUCUUGUUUUAUUAACAACAAUAAGUAUCUUAUCAACUAUUUACAAAAGGUUUAAGAUAUUCUGUCUAGUGUCAUUAUCUAAUCUCCAGUAUUGUUUUCGUACGUUAUUUAUAGACGUACUUUGUUUUUUUUUUAUUUCAUUCCUUGAUAAAAGAUAAUCGACCGGGUCUUUCGGAAAAUAUUUUUCCUAAUUCCUCAGCUGAAAUAUUUUUGUAUUACGUUAUCGUUCUCUUUAAGGGGGGAUACCACAUUAAGAGGCUGAUUUUCAGGUGGUUCUCAUGAUUUUUUUUAUUGAGACAAAUUGAUUAGAAUUUGAUCAAACUUUGACAUUAUUUUUUACAUUUACAAAUUUUUUCAAGUCAUUUGUGUUGCAAAUGCCGAAGCAACGGGCUGUUGUCCACCGAAGAUCGCAAUUUUGAUCUGGAAGCAAAACGGGUUGUUUUUUUGCAUUAUUUCAUGUUUUCUAAGAAUAUGAACCUCAUUGCGGGUAAAAAUUGUGAAAAUUGAAGCUUUGAUACAUGUUUGAAAAAAAUGUAUCGAUUUUAACCAUUUUUUUUCAUUUAUUUUGAAUAAAAAACACCCUUAAAAUUAUGAUAUCAUCCCAAUUGUUGGUUUAUGUCCUUUGUAAUUUCAUAAAGAAACGCACUUCAAUUUUCAUAACGAUCGGUUCAUAACUAAAAAAAAUGUUUUGAGAAAAGCGCGAUUGAAGAUUUCCAAAAAUUUGAAAUUUGAGAAAAUUAUGAAUAAUUAAGAGUUAUUUCCGAUCAAUUAGCAAUUGCAGCACCAUAUAACAGUCCCUCUUCCUCAUAGGCAUCAUUCUGAGCUUGCAGCUGUUCUUUUCUUGCUUAAGAGGGCUCUGUAGCAAAUAGCCAACCAGCGAUACAUUUUUAUAGAUUUUAUUACAGUUUGUAUAAAUUUGAAUGCUUGUACAAAUAACAGAGACUUUCCCCCAUUCUAAUGCAGA